AUGCUUUUUAAGUCAGCAACAGCUCCAUCAACUGACAAUGCCCUUGAUUUUACAGAUGGGGAACCUGAGGAGGAGAUGCUUCAAGAAAGAACAGUGCAAGAUUUUAGGCAAGAUCCACAGGAGAAAGGCCAGGGUGAUGUUGGUCCUCUUGGCCACCUUGGCACGCUGCUGGCUUAUAUUCAGGUGCUGUCGACCAACACUCCCAGGCCCUUGGGCAAAAGGCCCAACGGCAAAAGGCCCGUGGACAAAAGGCCCAUAAACAAAAGGCCCGUGGGCAAAAGGCCCAACGGCAAAAGGCCCGUGGACAAAAGGCCCGUGGGCAAAAGCCCCAACGGCAAAAGCUCCAACAGCAAAAGGCCCGUGGGCAAAAGGCUCGUAGGCAAAAGGCCCAACGGCAAAAGGCCCGUGGGCAAAAGGCCCAACGGCAAAAGGCCCUUGGGUAAAAGGCCCAACGGCAAAAGGCCCUUGGGUAAAAGGCCCAACGGCAAAAGGCCCUUGGGUAAAAGGCCCAACGGCAAAAGGCCCUUGGGUAAAAGGCCCAACGGCAAAAGGCCCUUGGGUAAAAGGCCCAACGGCAAAAGGCCCUUGGGUAAAAGGCCCAACGGCAAAAGGCCCUUGGGUAAAAGGCCCAACGGCAAAAGGCCCUUGGGUAAAAGGCCCAACGGCAAAAGGCCCUUGGGUAAAAGGCCCAACGGCAAAAGGCCCUUGGGUAAAAGGCCCAACGGCAAAAGGCCCUUGGGUAAAAGGCCCAACGGCAAAAGGCCCUUGGGUAAAAGGCCCAACGGCAAAAGGCCCUUGGGUAAAAGGCCCAACGGCAAAAGGCCCUUGGGUAAAAGGCCCAACGGCAAAAGGCCCUUGGGUAAAAGGCCCAACGGCAAAAGGCCCUUGGGUAAAAGGCCCAACGGCAAAAGGCCCUUGGGUAAAAGGCCCAACGGCAAAAGGCCCUUGGGUAAAAGGCCCAACGGCAAAAGGCCCUUGGGUAAAAGGCCCAACGGCAAAAGGCCCUUGGGUAAAAGGCCCAACGGCAAAAGGCCCUUGGGUAAAAGGCCCAACGGCAAAAGGCCCUUGGGUAAAAGGCCCAACGGCAAAAGGCCCUUGGGUAAAAGGCCCAACGGCAAAAGGCCCUUGGGUAAAAGGCCCAACGGCAAAAGGCCCUUGGGUAAAAGGCCCAACGGCAAAAGGCCCUUGGGUAAAAGGCCCAACGGCAAAAGGCCCUUGGGUAAAAGGCCCAACGGCAAAAGGCCCUUGGGUAAAAGGCCCAACGGCAAAAGGCCCUUGGGUAAAAGGCCCAACGGCAAAAGGCCCUUGGGUAAAAGGCCCAACGGCAAAAGGCCCUUGGGUAAAAGGCCCAACGGCAAAAGGCCCUUGGGUAAAAGGCCCAACGGCAAAAGGCCCUUGGGUAAAAGGCCCAACGGCAAAAGGCCCUUGGGUAAAAGGCCCAACGGCAAAAGGCCCUUGGGUAAAAGGCCCAACGGCAAAAGGCCCUUGGGUAAAAGGCCCAACGGCAAAAGGCCCAACAACAAAAGGCCCGUGGGCAAAUGGUCCAACAGCAAAAGGCCCGUGGGCAAAAGGCCCGUAGAGACAUCUACGUGUGUGAGACGCCAUGCAUGGCAAAAGGCCCAACGGCAAAAGGCCCGUGGGCAAAAGGCCCGUAGGCAAAAUGCCCAACGGCAAAAGGCCCAACGGCAAAAGGCCCGACAACAAAAGGCCCGUGGGCAAAUGGUCCAACGGCAAAAGGCCCGUGGGCAAAAGGCCCAACGGCAAAAGCCCAAACGGCAAAAGGCCCGUGGGCAAAAGGCCCAACGGCAAAAGGCCCAUUGGCAAAAGGCCCGUAGAGACAUCUACGUGUGUGAGACGCCAUGCAUGAAGACCUAA